UACCCUUGGACGUCCUAACCUACGAAGAGAAGACCCUGUCAGCCAUCUUGAGGAUAUGUAGCAGUGGUCUUGUCAAGUUGUGGAGCUCUUUGACUCUGUUAGGAUCCUAUAAAGGCAAGAAAUGUGCUUUCAGAGUGAUUCAGGUUUCUCCAUUUCUGCUUGCCUUAUCUGGUAAUAGUAGGGAACUAGUAUUGGAUUGAAUAGUCGUCAAUUGCAGAAACAUUCCUCUGCUCUCAAAAGCACCUUUUGGUGACAAUAAGCUGUCUGAAGACUGAAGCCGUUUAAAAGCUCCAGUUGCUGGAAUUUGACAGUGCUGAAGAUGUUCCCAGUAAUUUCCCGCCAUCAUCUGUGGUGGGUUGGGGUUCAGAGGAGAAUCUGCCUGAGCCAACCAGUGGUGAGCCGACAGCGCAUUGAGCAGACACACGUCAGAGUUGGAGACCGGGCUGAACUCAGCAGGGUCUUCACACAGAGGGACGUGGCUGCCUUCUCAGAAUUAACAGGGGAUGUUAAUCCUUUGCAUUUAAAUGAAGAUUUUGCAAAACACACCAAGUUUGGAAAGACAAUUGUACAUGGAGUUUUGGUCAAUGGACUUAUUUCAGCUCUCCUGGGAACUAAAAUGCCAGGGCCAGGCUGUGUAUUACUUUCACAGGAAAUUAGCUUUCCAGCCCCUUUAUAUGUUGGAGAAGUUGUUUUAGCCUCCGCAGAGGUGAAAAGGCUAAAGCGAUUCAUUGCCGUUAUUGCCGUGUCAUGUUUUGUAACAGAAAGUGAAAAGACUGUUAUGGAAGGCUGGGUUAAAGUUAUGGUCCCAGAAACUCCCCAGUCCUGAACUGUG